AUGCCUCCUAAGCGCAUGACCGCGAACCCCAUCAAGGCGCCUCGUUACCGUCCAGGCAAAGCUGUUCCCGAACAAGACUCCUCAGAUUCAGAAGCCAGCGAUGAGGAAGUUCCCUCCCAACCCAUAGCCGCACCACCAAAAGUCACCACUGCAGAAGGAAUCACAAGUAAUCUCAGCAAGGUUGAUCUCAAUGAGCGGCGGAGGCUUGCAGCUGCGAAGGAGGCAGCAAGGUUGGAGGAAGAGAAGGCCUUGAAGGCGAAAGAAGAGGAGGGAUUCGUGACUGAAAGCGAGGAAGAGAGCUCUGAGGAAGAAGAGGGUAGCGAAGAGGAAAGCAGCGAAGAGGAGAGCGAGGAGGAGGCGCCGAGGAGGGUUAUGAUGAAACCUACGUUUAUUAAGAAGGACAAGAGGAAUAAUGGUACUACGACAGCGAAAGAUACCAGAACAGAGGAGGAAUUAGCUGCAGCAGAGGAAGCAAGGAGGAAGGCCGCCGCAGACGAGAUUGUCGAAGAGCAAAUAAGGAAGGACCUAGCCGCUAAAGCGGCUGGCAAGAAGAAUUGGGACGAUGAGGAAGAUGACGAGGAUGACGUGGACGACACAGAUGAUCUGGAUCCGGAAGCAGAGUAUGCAGCGUGGAAGCUGCGGGAGUUGAAGAGGAUAAAGAGAGAUCGGGAGGCAAUUGAGGAGAGAGAAAAGGAAUUGGCGGAGAUUGAGAGGAGGAAGAACCUCACCGAGGAGGAGCGAAAGGCCGAAGACGACGCAUUCCUCGCGAAACAAAAGGAAGAGAAAGAAAGCAAGGGCAAGAUGGCUUAUAUGCAGAAGUACUAUCACAAGGGUGCUUUCUUCCAGGACGACUUGAAGUCGCAGGGAUUGGAUCGCAGGGAUAUCAUGGGUUCAAGGUUCGCCGACGAUGUCCAGAAUCGCGAGUUGUUACCUCAAGCCUUACAGAUGCGGGACAUGACGAAGUUAGGCAAGAAGGGCGCAACCAAGUACAAAGAUCUCAAGACUGAAGAUACAGGUCGCUGGGGCCAGUUCGAUGAUAGGGGUCCAAGAAAGGGAGGCCCUGGAGGCUUCAAUGUGGACGAGCGAUUCAUGCCGGAUAGAGAGAGGGGCAGGGAUGGAGCAAGUGGUGCUAAUAGCAUGCCAGUGGCCGACCGGAAGAAAGUUGCUGGCGCACCUGAAGGUCCAAGAUCGAUGCGUGAGAGCAGUGAUCGGCCGAGAGAUGGAGGAGAUUCUUAUCGUCCCGGCAAGAGAGAUGAAAGAGCACGUUCAAGGUCAAGGUCGCCGAGACGGGAGAGAUACGACGAUGACAGAAACCGGCGCAAAAGAAGCAGCUCUAGGGAGGUGGAUCGUUACGAAAGUGACAAACGUCGGAGAGUAGACUCAAGAUAG